AAGAAUUUACUAACUUGGGUUGAGCACCUGCUCGAACCUUUGGAAAACAGGGCUAAAGAAAUUAAUGACGAUGUCUUGACAGCUACGGAGAAUGCUAACAUUCCAUCACUGGCUAAUCGCGUCUUUCUUUUGUGUGCUGAAGGAAAUGACAUUGACGCUGAAGAAUAUCUCAAUACUCUCGAAGCCAUGAACAAACGUCCAGCUUUCAAAGACAUGAUGACAGAAGCUAAAGCUGAGCAGGCGUAUUAUUACAGCCGGAUGGGGGCUUUCGAUAUGUCAGUCAAACUAUUCCGAGAGGUCGUCACUGAAAAGCCUUUGAAUCUCCUGUGGAAGUACGGACUUGGCCUCAUGUACAGACGCAUGACAAACGUCAACGUGUGUUACUCGGCAACCAAGGAAUACAACCUAUCAGAGCUC